AUGGCUUCCGAUAAUGUAACGGAGAUGGAUUUAACUGAGCCUGUCCAAUGUUUUGGAUUACAAGCAGAUCCGGAUGACUGCUAUAGUCAAAAUAAACGAAUUUCCAGAAACCAGCUUCAAAACCAAGUUGGAGGAUAUGUUUAUCAAAAUAACCCUGAAGGACAACUUCGUAGUUUCAUUUGUACUGGCUCAUCAAGUCGUAACUACAGGGUACGAAGUCAUGAGCCGAGACUUGAAGAUGUACCCUGUGUUUCUCAAUUAAUACAGCAGGGUAAAGGAAAGAAUAUUGUCCAGCUUCUCAUUCAUUUUUCAGAGGGGUAUCGGACACGUAAAGAUGACCCGUUGCUGUUUGUGUUAGCUAUUUGUUGCAGAUCGAAUGACAUUGAAACGAAAAAAUCCGGAUAUAGUGCCCUAAAUUCAAUAUGUAGAAUUCCUACUCAACUUUUCCGAUUUCUUGAUUUCUACAAAAAGAUAGGUAUUGCACAAUUAUUAUCUAAAGGGUGGGGUAGUGCACAUCGGAAGGCAAUCUGUGAUUGGUAUCUUAGUUAUGGUACUGACGAAGGAAAAUUAAAAUUACUCGCACUUCACAUUACUAAGUACUGCAAAAGAUACGGAUGGCGUCAUAAAAACGUGAUUCGCCUAGCUCACCUUAAGGUCAAGGAGGAAAAUCCAGUCUUAAAGUAUCUGGUUAUCGUUGCAGUGAAAGGUAAGAAAUACGCAGACUCCACCAAAUUUCUGCAGAAGCAAAUGGAGCAAGAACAUUUCCAAAACUCACUUUUGAAAGAAAUUGUUGACAUUCUUUCUGUAAUAGAAAUUGCCAAGAUUACAAAAGAUGUCGCUCAAACAAAGAGACUUAUUUUAAAGCACAGGCUAGUAAGAGAACAAUUGCCAACCUCAUGUUUAAACGACAUUGGUAUUUGGCUGGCUCUUGCGAGACAUAUGCCAUUAACAGCCCUGGUUCGAAAUUUAGGGAAAAUGUCUAAGUUGGAACUUUUCAAAAGACGAACUUCUGCGGAAGAGGAGAUUUGUUUUGAAGAGCAUUUGAUCAUUGAUAAAUUAAAAAACAAAGAACUCCUUGCUAAGGAGAUGGUUCAUCCAUUCACAUAUAUGUUGGCUCUAAGUCAAUAUAAGAAAGGAGAAAACCAUUCGGGAAAGUUGAAAUGGCCAGUAUAUCCGCAAAUUUGCUCUGCACUUGAAGAAGGAUUGUACUUAUCCUUCAUUAACAUCAAACCUACAAAAAAGCGGUUUCUACUAGCAUUGGAUAUUAGUAAAGCAAUGGAAGAAAGUGUCAAUGUAGUAGGCGCCCCAACAUUACAAGCAUUGGAAGUUGCUGCUUUUAUGUCGACUCUUGCAAUAAAAACGGAAAAUAAUUGCGAAGCUAUAGUUUUCAAAGGCGAAAAUGUGGAUGUUUUGCCCGUCAGUUCUUCUAAUACUAUAGAAGAGGUAACAGAAAAUAUAAGGACUCUUGCUCAUCCAAUGACGGACAUCCCAGCUGAUCCUUCUUGGCCAUUCAAAUACGCAAUUGAGAAAAAAAAAGAAUACGACAUUUUCGUUAUUUACACAGAUUCAAAUGCUUCUUUAGGAAAUCCCCAUCCUUCUCAGGCAUUGCAGUUUUAUCGCCAAGCGACCGGAAACAAAGAAGUCAGACUUGUUGUUUGUAAUUUGGCCUGUUCCGAUGUCUCUAUCGGAGACACUGAGGAUCCCCUGACGUUGACAGUGUGUGGAUUUGAUUCCUAUGUUCCACAAAUCAUAUCAGAUUUUCUUAAUAGAGAAUUUUGAUUUUCUUGAAAUGCACUUUGCAUGUAAAUGUAUUAUGUGUUUAUUUCUUGAUUGUGCAUAAGGAUUGAAUUGAGUGGUGUUAUGGAACCGAUAAAUAAAAUGUAUCAAGGUUUCUUAUAUCAACAAAGCAACUAUUGAAAUGAAUGUGAAAUGGAAUGACAAUCGUACGAGAGUUCAUGCAUGACUAAAUAGAUAAUAUAGUUCAAACUCUCAAAUGAAAAACCUAAGAGGAAGAUAAAAAAAAAAAGAAGAAGCAUUAUAUCUUUUUUAUAUAAAAGUACACCUUACAUACAGAAUACCUCCUGUCUCUUAAAGGAAUGAUGUGUCAGACCUCGUGGCUCUGAUCAUUCAGCUAGUGUGCACAUAUGUGUCAAAGGUGAUUUAAAAAUGGAGGAAUA